UCAUUAAAAUUUCAUGAGGGGUUCAGUUAGCAAAAAAUAUCUAAAAUGGCUCUGGGGUCAAGAGAAGGGGAGGUAAUAAUGAAAUGAAAUGGUUGAGAAACACUGCUCUAAACCCAUUUGGAGAAUGCAAAAUGAAAAACAAAAACAAAAGUAGGAAGUAAGAGGAACAUUCAGAAAAUGGAAACUAAUGUGUUCGCAUUUAAGAGCAUGCACAAGGGAAGAUGGUCAGAGAACAUAGAGCUACGGUUCCCAGACUUGCCCACCCCAGCCAGGCCAGCAGCAUCUGUAGGAUCCCCAAUGGCCCUGCCCAUUUCCUUCCUGGUGGCCCUGGUGGUGCUCAGCUGCUCUCUGGGAUGUGACCUGCCUCAGAACCAUGGCCUGUUCAACAGGAGGGCCUUGAUGCUCCUGGGCCAAAUGAGGAGAAUCUCCCCUUUUUCCUGCCUGAGGGACAGAAAUGACUUUGCCUUCCCCAAGGAGAUGCUUGAUGGCAAGCAGUUGCAGAAGGCUCAAGCCCUCUCUGUCGUCCAUGGGAUGAACCAGAAGAUCUUCCACCUCUUCUGCACAGGGGCCUCAUCUGCUGCUUGGAACGAGACCCUCCUAGAGGAGUUCUGCUCGGGACUUUCUGAGCAGCUGACCGACCUGGAAGCCUGUCCCAUGCAGGAGGCGGGGGUGGCAGAGACUCCCCUCAGGAAGUUGGACUCCAUCCUGAGGAACUACUUCCAAAGAAUCUCCCUCUAUCUGCAAGAGAAGCAAUACAGCCCUUGUGCCUGGGAGAUUGUCAGAGCAGAAAUCAUGAAAGCCUUCUCUUCAUCAACAACCUUGCAAGAAAGGUUAAGGGGCAAGAAAUGA